AGGUGGACAUGAGCAAAGUAAAUCUGGAAGUAAUCAAACCAUGGAUAACAAAACGAGUAACAGAAAUCCUUGGGUUUGAAGAUGAUGUAGUAAUUGAAUUUAUUUUCAACCAGUUGGAAGUGAAGGCCUGAACCAAAAUGGAAGUUAUUCCUUGCGUCUGAAGUAUAGCACCAUCACCUUAUUAGGUCACAGCAGAGUGAGUGUCCAAUGUCGCUCUGACCCAACUCCCUUGAUGAUGCAGUGUGUGUUUGGAGGGGACUUGGCGAUUCCAAACCCCCCAAGGUUCCAAGAAGAAACUGAAGACACCUGGAAUCUGUACUUGCUUUGUGCUGUUGAGCUGUGCUUGUUAUAUGGACCUUGUUGCUUGACCAACAAACGACAUUAGAAUUUAAAAGCCCAUUUUAACUUUGAAACUUUUUGACCUCUUAACCCUUUGUGGACAUGACAUGGUGACAGUCAGGACAAUCUGUAAGGCACCUAGUAGCUUGUGCUCCCUCAGGCAGGCAGAGCCUUAGUUUGGGAGAAAGUCAGAAAAUGCAUGCAUGACUCUUGGCCUGUCGCAGCAGGAGGAGAGGGAUUAGCAGGCUGCCAUCUCCAGUGCCAGGCGCUGCCACAGCUUCUGUCCCUUGUGCAGGGGUUAAGAGAGAGACUUCCGAGCGAGCAGAGUCAAAACCACCAGGAAAAUUCUGUUUAGAACAUAACUCUGAAACCUCAUAGCGGCAUUGUAAUGGUGUGUUAAAUUAAAGGCCCCUGAUUUCCUGUAGAGCAGCCACAUGGUCCAAAAGUACUUACAAAACCCACAAAGGAUUAACAGGCCUUUCUGAAUAUUUAUGGUAAGGCACAAAAAGAAAAAAAAAAAAUUAAUAGUACGAUAAACUUACAUUGAUGAGAAAUGACUAAGGAAAGAUUUUUAAAAAGUAGUUUCUGAGUGUAUAUGUAUUUUAGCCCCCAUGGUAGUUUUAAUUUAAGUUUAAUGUAGACUGACUGUUGUUUUUUCAGAUAACCGGUUUGUCUUCCUGUCAUAUCUCUUUGCAGAACCCAGAUUCCAAAAUGAUGCAAAUCAACCUGACUGGUUUUUUGAAUGGGAAAAAUGCUAGGGAGUUCAUGGGAGAACUGUGGCCACUGCUAUUAAGUGCACAAGAAAACAUUGCUGGUAUUCCAACUGCAUUUCUGGAACUGAAGAAAGAAGAAAUAAAACAACGACAGAUAGAGCAGGAGAAACUGGCUUCCAUGAAGAAACAAGAUGAAGACAAAGAGAAGAGAGAUAAGGAAGACAAAGACAGCAGAGAGAAAAGAGACAGAUCCAGGAGUCCAAGAAGACGCAAGUCGCGCUCUCCCUCCCCGCGCCGGAGGUCGUCGCCCGUGCGCCGCGAGCGGAAGCGCAGCCACUCCCGCUCCCCUCACCACCGCACCAAGAGCCGCAGUGCCACCCCUGCCCCUGAGAAGAAAGAGGCCACUCCUGAGCCAGAGCCCUCCGUGAAACCAAAGGAGACUCUUGUGCAAGAGGCAACUUCAAACAGUGAUAUCCCAAAAGCUCCUAAACCUGAACCUCCUGUACCAGAGACUAAGGAAACUUCACCAGAACGUAAUUCAAAGAAGGAGAGAGAGAAGGAGAAGGAGAAGACUCGUCAGAGAUCCCCAACUCGAUCCAAGUCCAGGUCAAGAUCCCGGUCCCGUUCUCCAUCUCACUCUCGACCCAGAAGGCGCCAUAGAUCACGGUCAAGGAGGCGACCCAGCCCGCGGCGCCGGCCGUCCCCGCGCAGGAGGAGCCCGCCCCGGAGGAUGCCUCCCCCACCCAGGCACAGGAGGAGCAGAUCCCCCGUGAGGCGGAGAAGGCGCUCCUCGGCCUCGCUGUCCGGCAGCAGCUCCUCCUCGUCCUCGUCGCGCUCCCGCUCUCCACCAAAGAAGCCUCCCAAGAGACCCGCGUCCAGCCCCCCGCGCAAAACGCGCCGGCUGUCCCCCUCUGCCAGCCCCCCGCGGCGCCGCCACCGGCCCUCGCCCCCCGGCAGCCCCCCGGCCAAGCCGCGCCGCUCGCCCACGCCGCAGCAGUCCAACCGCGCCCGCAAGAGCCGCGCCUCCGUCUCGCCCGGCAGGGCUUCGGCACCCAAACAUAAGAGCACUGAGAAAAGAGAAUCGCCUUCGCCAGCACCCAAGCCCAGGAAAGCAGAAUUGUCAGAAUCAGAAGAAGACAAAGGAGGCAAAAUGGCUGCAGCAGAUUCUGUCCAACAGAGGCGCCAGUACAGGAGGCAAAAUCAACAGUCUUCAUCUGAUUCUGGUUCUUCAUCUUCCUCAGAAGAGGAGAGGCCCAAGAGGUCGAACGUGAAGAACGGGGAGGUGGGCAGGCGCCGCCGGCACUCGCACUCGCGCAGCCCCUCGCCCUCGCCCCGCAAGCGCCAGAAGGAAUCCUCCCCUCGGAUGCAGAUGGAAAAGAGGUGGCAAUCCCCAGUGAUGAAAAGCAGGAGGAGGAGGAGCCCCUCGCCGCCCCCCGCGCGCCGGCGCCGCUCCCCUUCCCCGGCUCCGCCGCCCCGGCGCCGCCGCUCCCCGUCCCCGCCUCGCCGAAGGUCUCCAUCGCCGCCCCCGCGCAGACGUUCUCCCUCUCCACGGAGAUACUCCCCCCCGAUCCAGAGGCGAUACUCCCCAUCUCCCCCUCCCAAGAGGAGAACGGCUUCUCCUCCUCCCCCUCCCAAGAGAAGGGCCUCCCCUUCCCCCCAGUCCAAGCGCAGAGUCUCCCACUCCCCACCGCCAAAGCAGAGGAGCUCCCCUACUGCUAAGCGGCGCUCCCCUUCCGUAUCUUCCAAGCACAGGAAGGGGUCUCCUCCCAGCAGAUCCAACAGGGAAACACGUUCUCCACCACAAAACAAAAGGCAUUCACCUUCACCACGGCCUCGAGCUUCCCACCCCUCCUCCAGCCCUCCGCCGCCGCGCCGGGGAGCGUCGGCGUCGCCGCAGAGGAGACAGUCACCCUCACCCAGCACCAGGCCCAUCAGGAGGGUGUCCAGAACACCAGAACCCAAGAAAACAAAGGCUUCCACCCCCAGCCCCCGGCGUGUGUCCUCGUCCCGAUCUGCGUCAGGGUCACCUGAGACAGCUCCCAAGAAGCACCAAGGACCUGCAUCUCCUGCCCGCUCUCGCUCUCCUUCUGCAAACUGGUCACCUGCAAAAAAGGCCAAGAGCCCGACUCAGAGCCCAUCACCUGCCAGGAAUUCAGAUCAAGAAGGUGGUGGCAAGAAGAAGAAGAAAAAGAAGGAUAAGAAGCAUAAAAAGGAUAAAAAGCACAAGAAACACAAAAAGCAUAAGAAGGAGAAGGCGGCGGCGGCCGCAGCAGCUGCUGCUGUGGUUGCACCAGACACCACCUCAGUACAGGGAGACCAGGAGGCAGAGACAGAACCCAAAAAGGAGACAGAAAGCGAACCCGAGGACAACCUGGACGACCUAGAAAAGCACCUGCGGGAGAAGGCCCUGAGGUCCAUGAGGAAGGCGCAGGUGUCCCCCCCCUCCUAGGCCAACCCUUUGAUAUAAUGUACAUUUUAUUUGGUUUGUACUCAGAAUUCAAUUUCAAAUUGCUAAAUGUGUUUGAGCUUUAGAAUAUAACAUUUGUUGUAAUAAUUGCUAGGUUGAGGUUCACCAUGUACAAAGGGCAUGGAUUUACAUUACAAAAGGUGUCCACAGUGUACUAGUGACAUUCUUUCAUUGACAGCAUAAUUUCAUUUAGAGUGAGACUUUUUAGAAGCAGUAGGAAUUUGUUUUGGAGGUUUGAAACAUGACCGUCGGUUCCCUCAUUUUGAAAGCCAACAGCCUUGAGCAGAAUUUGUGAGGGUCUCAUUUGACUUCUUUUGUGUCACUUACAUGAUGCUACUAACCUUUGUGGUUUGUAGGCUUGCCCAGGAGUAAAACCACUGCAGAAUUCAAGGAAGUACAUCUCUAUUUUAAUGCUUUCUACUGUUGCCUGUAUAGUCUCCAUUAAAGCCAAUCAAGAAUAGCGAUUUAGAGUGGUACAUAAAUGAAAGCAUGUUGUUUACCAGGACACUGUGGGUUUAUAUUGAUGUAACAUGUUGAUUUGGAACACUGGAAUUUCAUUUGUAUUUUUAUGUUCUUUUUUUAAAGGGCAAUUUCCAUGAUCAGCAGUCCCAGAAAAAAAUAUAAUUCCUUCAGUUCCAUAAAUUUUGUUUGUGAGCUGUCGUUGCCCCAUUCAUAAAUCUUGUCUCGUUACGGUUCUUCGGAAUGGUCUGAGCAACUUUCAGAGCUGUGUUCUUUGAAAGUUUAGAGGAACCUGAACUUUGGAUAUUGUCAUGUUUUCACUGUUCUUUGUUUUUGUUUUUUUAACUAAAGCUAUAUAAAGCUUGUGGAUUAAACAAAAUAAAUUUCUAAAUUUAAA